AUGGCUAGGUCCACGUAUGACGAGAUCAGGAGUAUGAACGCUGAGGAUAUCCGGAACUAUCUGGUCGAGCUCAUCAAGAUAAGCCACUGGAAAGAAAUUGUUAGAGCCUAUAAGCUGAACCCGAUGGCUCACAGGGCUAUAAUCCACAUGACAGGUGACACAGCAUUACACAUGGCAGUGGCCGAUUGGCAAGAACAUCUUGUUGAAGACCUAGUAGAACUAAUGUCCACAGAGGAGCUUGCAAUAAAAAACAAGAGUGGGAACACUCCUCUCCACAUUGCAGCAUCGAUGGGGCAUACGAGAAUAUGUGCAUGCAUUGCCAAAGGUCGUCCGGAUUUGGUUUGGGUUCGUAACAAUGAUAAUGAGACUCCUCUCUUCUCGGCUGCUCUCUAUGGUAGAAAAGAUGCCUUCUUAUGCCUCCACUACAUCUACUGCAGUGGGGCAGUGAAUCCGUACGACCAUUGUAGGGGGAAGGACGGCAAUACCAUCUUGCAUUAUGCAAUUCAUAAGGACUGCUUUGAUCUGGCAUAUCAGAUCAUUUGCCUUUAUGGAAAUCUUGUUAAUUAUGUCAAUGAGUUAGGGGUCUCCCCUCUCCAUCUUCUGGCCUCUAAGCCUUCUGCCUUCAGGAGUGGUUGCCACCUUAGCCCAACCGACAGAAUCAUAUACCACUGUAUAGUUGUCGAUAAGCUCAGGAAGGAGGAACCGGCGAUAAUUAAGGCAUACAGAGAGGAAAUGAAUCCCAAAUAUCCAGAAAACUACCAAACAUGCAUGAACUGCAUUAGGUUGUUCACGAACUUGACUGGCAUUGUUAGAGUUGGACAAAGCCGUCAGAAAGCAGAUCCAGAGACCAACGUUGCACUCAGUCCAAGAACAUACCAAUCAUCAUUUCCUCCUAAUUACCACACCUGCUUGGAGUUUGUCAAGCUUUCAUUUAGAGCAAUGGUGAUUACUGUUGUUAAAGGAGUGAGGGGCGUAAGAGCGAUAAGGGAAAUGAAAUAAAAAAACAUAUGGUCAGUUCAGAUCAUGAAUGAACUGCUAACUCGUACUUCUACGUAUAACUACGAAUUUGGCGGUAUGAAGCUAGACACAGCAUCAACAUCCAAAGACAAUGGGGAGACAACGCCUCCCACCGAAAUGAUGGAAUUCGAAAUUGAUAAAGUUUCAAAAGAUGAUAAAAGUAAACAAAAGAUCACAGAAGAAGUGAGACAGAAGAAGAAAACCCUUGAACUGGGAAGGGAAACACCCUUCUUAACUGCUGCAAAACAUGGUGUGACUGAGAUGGUGGAGAUGAUCCUCAAAAUUUUCCCGGUAGCCAUCCGUGACAUUAACGAAGAGAGAAAGAAUGUAGUGCUUGUGGCUGUGGAGAACAGGCAGAUCCAUACAUUCCAACUCUUGCUAAGGAAAAAUAUCAACAGAGACAUAUACAACGUGUUCGGCAAAGUGGAUAAUAACGGCAAUAGUGCGUUGCAUCUAGCAGCAAGGCUGGGAGACCAUCAGCCUCGGCUAAUUCAUGGGCCUGCCUUCCAAAUGCAAUGGGAAAUCAAAUGGUUUCAGUUUGUAGAAAACUCCAUGCCCCCACACUUUGCCCGCUUCAAUAAGAAUCUGGAGACUGCAAAUGACAUCUUCAUGGAAACCCACAAAGAGCUUGUGAAAUCCGGAGGGGAAUGGCUCACCAAGACCUCCGAGGC